AUGCCCCUAUUUGAUACCCUCGACGCUUCUUUGGUCGACAGCCCGUUCCGCGGCCCAAAGUUCGUACCGCUGAGCAGCCUAAAAACCAUCAUCACCAAAGCCAGUGUGGAGCAGGAGUUGUCCUCCAUCACUCGACUUCGCAACCCUCAACUGUCUCGCAAUGUCGUCCAAAAUGCCAGGAAGGUCUUUUCCAUACUUGUCUUCAUAGACAAGGCUUCUGCCAUCAAAGAACUAUACAGAGACGGGCUCACGGACGAUCAGCUCCCUCUCUCAAGCAGGAAAGACGACGCUGGUCGUAUUACCCCGUUCACUCAUCAUGGGAAGAAAACAUUUGCUUCCUUCGGGAGCUGGAAGACCGUGUCCAUCAAAUCGUUUCUCGACAAGCAGUGGCUCUUGUUGUCGCCCGUAUUUGACAAGACUGGGAGGCAUUUUGAUCUCAACCCCGCUUGUGCCCUACCAAUGUUCCCAGACACACGAGAGGUGGCCACUGGCCCCUACAACGCCGUACACCAAGGUUGGAUCCAUCCUGCCCACCAGCGAGUGUCCAAGAAUUGCGGAGAACAUGGUCUGAAAGUCGCCCUCAAGGAGUUCAGGGGAGAAUACAACAGUGCCAAGUCCAACUUUGAAAAGGAAUGGGAGAAUCUGAGUCACAUCCAACAGCACAACCACCCGCACCUCAUCAAGCAUAUCGCAACCUGGCAAGCCGGGAACAAGUUCUUCGUCAUGUUCGAAUGGGCCGACGGCGGAAGCCUCUGGGACUUUUGGGAGCGAGAGAAUCCCGGGGCGCCGAGUCAAGAGGUCAUCUUGUGGUCGUUGCGUCAGAUCCGCGGCCUCGUCAGCGCCCUCGAGGCUCUGCACAGCCUCAACUGCCGCCACGGCGAUCUCAAGCCCGAAAACAUCCUCCACUUCAAAGAUCGCGGUGACAAGCACGAAAGCAGCGGUGGACGAGGCAUCCUGGUCAUGGCAGACGUCGGCGUGUCUCGAGUCCACAAGCAGAUGACGCACCUCAGAAUCGGUCCGACCACCACCAGGGCCACGACGAUAUCGUACCAGGCCCCCGAGACCGACACGGACCCGAAGGUUGCGAGGUCCCGCGCCUAUGAUGCGUGGUCGAUUGGUUGUAUCUUGUUGGAGCACAUCGUCUGGCUGCUGUACGGCCUCCAAGGCAUCGAGGGCUUUAGGAAACGCAGAGAGAGCAAGUCGUUUGACGGAACCUACGGCAGUGCCAAUUUCUACAGCCUGACAAUUAGCCAUCUAGAGCGGAGGGCCGAGAUUCACCACGCCGUGGAAGAUGCAAUGGACGCCCUUCAACGGGAUCCCCGUUGUCAGGUGGGUACGGCUUUGGGCGACCUCCUCAAGCUGAUCCGGGAAGGCCUUCUGAAGAUCGACCCGCAAGACCGGUUCAAAGCUCUUGAAAUUCAGGAUGCUGUGGAGAGGAUUGUCCGGGACGCCAGGCCAGAUUCUCUGUACUUGCUCAACACGUCAAAUCGGCCUUCACCGGUUCCGUCGAUAUUCAGAUAUGUAUAUGUUAGUCCUCCUGUUUCUUAG